AUGUGCUACGACCGCUACGUGUCCAUCUGCAAACCCCUGCACUACGGGACCCUCCUGGGCAGCAGAGCUUGUGCCCACAUGGCAGCAGCUGCCUGGGCCAGUGCCUUUCUCACUGCUCUCAUUCACACUGCCAGUACAUUUUCCCUGCCCCUGUGCCAUGGCAAUGCCCUGGGCCAGUUCUUCUGUGAAAUCCCACAGAUCCUAAAGCUCUCCUGCUCUAAAUCCUACCUCAGGGAACUUGGGUUUCUUGCUGUUACUGCCUGUUCAUCAUUUGGCUGUUUUGUGUUCAUUGUUUUCUCUUAUGUGCAGAUCUUCAGAGCUGUGCUUAGGAUCCCAUCUGAGCAGGGACGACACAAAGCCUUUUCCACCUGCCUCCCUCACCUGGCUGUGCUCUCUCUGUUCAUCACCACUGCUGUGUUUUCUCACUUGAAACCCCCCUCCAUCUCCUCCCCAUCCCUGGAUGUGACCCUGUCAGUUCUCUACUCAGUGGUCCCUCCAGCCCUGAAUCCCCUCAUCUACAGCCUGAGAAACCAGGAGCUCAAGGCUGCAGUGUGGAAAGUGAUGACUGGAUGGUUUCAGAAAAGAUAA